UAACUCAGUUAUAGAGAUGGUUGGUCAUGUGAGUCAAAAACGGUGGGUAAGAAAGAUCAAUACACACAAUAACCACACUAAUAAUUCUGGAUUCCUCUCCCCUUUCCUGCUAAAGGAUCCAUGAGAGAAGACAACCAAUCUUCUACCUUCAAUUUCAUUCUCCUGGGAGUUACUGGCCAGCAAAAACAGGAAGACUUCUUUUUCUUACUUUUCCUGUUCAUUUACCCCAUCACAUUGAUUGGAAACCUGCUCAUCAUCUUGGCCAUUCACUCUGACAUUCGCCUCCACAACCCCAUGUAUUUUCUUCUUGCCAACCUCUCCUUUGUUGACAUCUUCUUCUCCUCUGUAACCAUCCCUAAGACGCUGGCCAACCACCUCCUGGGCACCAAAGCCAUCUCCUUUGGAGGAUGCCUAACACAAAUGUAUUUUAUGAUUGCCUUGGGUAACACAGAUAGUUAUAUCCUGGCUUCAAUGGCCUAUGAUCGAGCUGUGGCCAUCACCCGCCCACUUCAUUACACAACAAUCAUGAGCCCACGGACUUGUGUCCUGCUAGUCAUUGGGUCUUGGGUGGUUGGAAAUGCCAAUGCCCUCCCCCACACUCUGCUCACAGCUAGCCUGUCCUUCUGUGGAAACCAGGAAGUGGCCAACUUCUACUGUGACAUUACCCCUUUGCUCAAGCUGUCCUGUUCUGACAUCCACUUUAAUGUGAAGAUGAUGUACCUGGGGGUUGGUGUUUUCUCCAUGCCAUUACCAUGCAUCAUCAUCUCUUAUGUUUGGGUCUUUUCCACAGUCUUACGGGUUCCAUCCACCAAAGGUGUGCUCAAAGCCUUCUCCACCUGUGGCUCCCACCUCACCGUUAUAUCUCUGUAUUAUGGGACAGUCAUGGGCAUGUACUUCCGCCCUCUGACUAGUUAUAACCUAAAGGAUGCAGUGAUAACUGUGAUGUACAUAGCGGUGACCCCAAUGUUAAAUCCUUUCACCUAUAGUCUGAGGAAUCGGGACAUGAAGGCUGCCCUGGGGAAACUCAUCAGCAGGAGAAUUUUUUCACAACCAAUGUGA